AUGUCCGUGUGCACUCAAUACUACCCAGACGAACCAACAGCCCCUGUGGUCAAGACCUCUGCGGUUCCAGGCCCAGAAUCCGUCAAAGAAUUGGAAUCGCUUGGCAAAGUCUUCGAUGCCAGACCAGCAUAUUUCAUGGCCGACUACGAAAAAUCCAAGGGUAACUACAUCGUGGACGCCGACGGCAACACGUACUUGGACCUGUACGCUCAGAUCGCGUCGAUCGCGCUCGGAUACAACAACCCCAAGCUGAUCGAGGCUGCGAAGUCGCCCGAAAUGAUCCGCGCCCUCGUGGACCGUCCAGCGCUAGGAAACUUCCCCUCCAAGGACCUCACACCCAUUUUGCAGAAAAUCCUCAAAUUCGCCCCCAAGGGCCAGGACAAGAUCUGGUCCGGUCUGUCCGGUGCGGACGCCAACGAACUGGCUUUCAAGGCUGCCUUCAUGUACUACCGUGCCAAAGAGAGAGGCUACAACAAGGACUUUUCCUCUGAGGAAAACGUCUCCGUGAUGAAAAACGCACAACCGGGCUCUCCACACUUGGCAGUGCUCUCGUUCAAGAAGGCCUUCCACGGCAGACUGUUUGCCUCUGGCUCGACCACGUGUUCCAAGCCCAUCCACAAGCUCGACUUCCCCGCCUUCGAGUGGCCACACGCCGAGUACCCCCACUACCAGUUCCCAUUGACUGAAAACGACGCUGCCAACCGCGCUGAAGACGAUCGUUGUUUGAAGAUCGUCGAACACCUCAUCACUUCGUGGUCCAUUCCAGUGGCCGCGUUGAUCAUCGAGCCCAUUCAGUCUGAAGGUGGUGACAACCACGCCUCUAAGUACUUCUUGCAAUCUUUGAGAGACCUCACCCUGAAACACGGCGUUGUGUACAUCGUUGACGAGGUGCAAACCGGUGUGGGCGCUACCGGUAAAGCUUGGUGCCACGAAUGGGCCGACAUACAACCUCCAGUUGACCUGGUGACCUUUUCUAAAAAAUUCCAAAGUGCUGGCUACUUUUUCCACGACCCACUCUUCGUUCCAAACAAGCCUUACAGACAAUUUAACACUUGGUGCGGUGAGCCGGCGCGUAUGAUCAUCGCCGGUGCCAUUGCCCAAGAAGUACAAGACCAAAACCUUUCAGCACAGUGUGCUCGCGUGGGAGACUACCUAUUUGGCAAGUUGGAAGCCCUUCAAUCACAGUACCCUGAGAAGUUCCAAAGACUAAGAGGACAGGGCAGAGGUACUUUCAUUGCCUGGGAUCUUCCCUCUGGCGCAGAGAGAGAUGCCCUACUCAAAAGCUUGAAGCUCAAGGGCUGCAAUGUUGGUGGAUGUGCUGAAUUGUCGGUGAGACUAAGGCCCACCUUGUCAUUCGAGGAAAAGCAUGCCGACAUCUUUGUCGAUGCUUUGAGCAAAGCAGUCGCUGAGAUUUGA